CACAGUCUGGAGUUCAGCAGCGGAAUGGACUCAGCUUUUUACUCUAGAGACUCGUGCACCUGUGACCGAACUUCUGAUACAUUCAAGUGUUUGGGUUUCAUCGUGGAGUGUAAACCAAACGGAUGCCCAUUACCUCAAAGCUUAGAACAAGGGUUAACCUUAUAUGAUUCGAAGGGAAAUCGGUUCUCCACCAGUGCCAACCCAGAUGCAAUACCGCAUGGCCGUGCAUUAAUUUUCAAUUGUACGCCAUCUGGAAACCAAUACAACGAACCAAAUGGGCGAACAUUUGCUUGCCACAAAGGCUCGUGGAUUGGAAAACCCCUGCCCGGCGAGGAAUGGAGUUUCAACAAUAAUGGGAGCUUUCCUAAAUGUCGACCGGCCGUAUGCAAGCAUGCAUGUCAGAACGGGGGUUGGUGUAAAGCAACUGAUACGUGUGAAUGUCCAGAGAGAUUCAAAGGAGCGUACUGUGAAAUCUCUGGAUGUGCUAAACCUGAAGGCAAUUUAGUCAAUCUGGAGAAGCAGUUCUAUGACGACGGUGAGACAAUCAGGAUAACCGAUCUAACCUGUGACAGAGGAUACCUGCCGAGUUCCGGUGACACGACAUGUAAAAAUGGAAACUGGUCGGAUACUAUUAGCUGUGUGCCAGCUAUCGUUUAUAAAAUACGCGUUGUCACUGCUGAUGUACGUGGAGCUGGUACAGACGGAAACGUGACCAUAAGGCUGAAAGGAACCGCUGGGAACACUGGGCUCAUAGGGCUUCCUGGACGAUUCAAACAAAAAAACAUUGAUGACAUUGCCAAGCUCCUUCCUGAUGUUGGAACUGUACGUUUUAAAUACUGA